AUGUCCCCAUCCACCACCAACACAGACAGCGCAACCGGCCUCCGCAAUGCAAGCUACGACUUCAUCAUCGUCGGCGGCGGGACCGCAGGCCUCGUCCUCGCACACCGUCUAAGCGCCGACCCCACAGCCACCGUCCUCGUCCUAGAAGCAGGAAGCAACAAGCUCGACGACCCGCGGAUAAAAAUCCCCGGCCUCGCAGCAACGACAUACGAGGAUCCCGAGUUUGAUUGGAAUUUGCGCUCCAUCCCACAGACCCAACUCAAUGGGCGUCGCAUCUUCGGCAAUAAGGGGCGCACGCUUGGUGGGUCUUCCGCUAUCAACAUGGGCAUGCUGGUGUACCCGUCUCGAGCUGGGAUGAACGCAUGGGAGGAACUCGGGAAUCCAGGAUGGGGAUGGGACGAGUUCGCGCCGUAUGUGCGCAAGUUCCACACGGGUACGCCGCCGUCCGACUCGGUGCGAAGAUUCUUCGGCGGUAUGAAAUCCGAGGCUGCCGAUCAAGGGAGCGAGGGGCCGGUGCAGGCGAGUUUCGGCGAUGAGACGGGGUACAUGCCGUACCAUGCGGCGUGGUUCCGGGCGUUCGAGGAGCUGGGGUGGCCGCAGACGGACGACCCCAUUAAGGGCGAGGGCGCGGGGCCGUUUGUGAAUCCUGGGGCUGUGGAUCCGGUUACCAAGACGAGGAGUCAUGCUGGGGCGGCGUAUUUGGGAGGUGAUGUGUUGGGGCGGGAGAAUUUGAGGGUUGUUACGGGGGCGCUGGUGAGUCGGAUUGUUUUGGAUGGUGGGCAUGGGGAAGAGGCUCCGGCCACCGCGACGGGCGUGCAGUUCAUCAAAGACGGCGAGACAUACACCGUCGCUGUAACCCGCGAGGUGAUAAUGGCAGCCGGUACAUUCCAAACGCCCCAAAUCCUCGAACUAUCCGGCAUCGGCGACGCAGCUCGUCUCCGCUCCCUUGGUAUCGAGUCCGUCGUUGACCUCCCCACCGUCGGCGAAAACCUCCAAGACCACGGCAUCGUCUGCUUCAACUACGAAGUCGCCGACGGGAUGCCCUCAGGCGACAUGGCGCGCGAUCCCGCCGUCGCCGCGGCCGCAAUGGCCGCGUACCAGAAGGACGGGUCGGGGCCGCUGGGCAUGGUCCCCUUCGUGUCAGCGUUCAUGCCAUGCUUGGACGUUCCACAGGGUGAGCGCGAGGAAAUGCUGUCCAAGAUCGACGCGUCGAUAUCCGAUCCCGACCUGAGUCACAUGUACAAGAAGCAGUACGCCGUCCUCAGGUCCAUCCUCGCCAACCCCUCCGAACCAACGGUGCAGUACAUCAUGGCCCCGCUACAGCUCGUUCCAAACGCAGGCCCAGACCCCAGCGACAUCUUCGGCUUGAAGCACCCAGGCUUCUUCAUGAGCAUUCUGUCAUUGCUCAGCUACCCCCUCUCCCGUGGCUCCGUGCACAUCAACUCCCCCAACCCAAGCGCACCACCCACAAUCGACGCCGCUCUCCUCCGACACCCCGCGGACCUGGCCCUCCAAGCCCGACACAGCAUGUGGAUGGAGAAGAUCCCCGAGACGGGAGCCAUGUCCGCCCUGCUAAAGAAAGACGGGGAGAGACUCCAUGCGCCCGAGAAGAUAAACAGUCUCCAGCAGGCGCAGGACCUCAUCCGCGACCUCGUCCUCUCGAUGUACCACGUCAGCGGGACGUGCGCGAUGAUGCCGCGGCAAGACGGGGGCGUCGUGGACCCGAGACUUAAAGUGUAUGGGACGAGGAAUGUGCGUGUUGUGGAUGCGAGUGUGUUCCCGCUUGAGCCGCGGGGGAAUAUCCAGGCGACGGUGUUUGCGGUUGCGGAGAAGGCGGCGGAUCUGGUUAGGGAGGAUUGGGCUGACGUUGUUUAA